AUGAACCGAUUCGGUGAUAUGGAUUUGUCAGAGUUUCGCAAGAAAAUGAUUGGUCUCAAUUCUGGUGGAAAUGGAUUUGGUGAAUCAGUGUCUUGCUAUGCAUUUGCUAUAACGGCUGCCAUCGAAGUCGAUUGUUCACCAAACAACGGCUGUUCUGGUGGCUUUUUUGAUGCCACCUUUCAAUAUAUCAAACAAAGCAGUGGCCUAGCAUCCGAGAAAUCCUAUCCGUAUGUCGGUACUCAGCAGUCAUGUAGUCUGAAAUCGGCAAAACUUGGUAGUAUCAAAGGAUAUGGAACUACCCCGAAUGGCAACGAAGAAGAAAUGAAACGAGCAUUGUCCACCUAUGGUCCAUUGGCAGCUGGGGUUUAUGUUACAUCGGAUUUUCAAUUCUAUGGCCCAUCACAACGAGCUGGUACAUCAGACAUAAUCGAUAUAGCAUCUUGCCCGAAAACAAUCGAUCAUGCAAUUGCUAUUGUCGGUUAUGGAACGGAAAAUGGCCAGGACUAUUGGCUGGUGCGCAAUUCUUGGGGUGCAGAUUGGGGUCUAAACGGUUAUUUCAAAAUUGCACGCAAUAAGGAUAGCAUGUGUGGAAUUGCUACAUAUGGUUACUAUACUCAAGUGUAA